CUCCCGCCCAGGCGGCGGCGACGCGACGCCCCGAGCGCCCGCCCCGCCGCCGCGGCCGGCAGGUCCCUUACCCGGCGCUUCGGCACUGGCAGCUGCUGUGCCACACGCUGCCUCCGAGGUCGGCCCGGCCCCCUCCCAGAAGGCAGAUAGUCCUCCACUGUAGGUUUCGAUUAGCAGACAGCUCUUUGCACUGUGAGUCUUCGCUUGGAGCUGUGAACUCUACCCGCGUCUGCCUGCCUGGUGGGCUUCAGAGCCAUGGCAACGGAGGAGAAGAAGCCAGAGACGGAGGCCGCCAGAGCACAGCCCACCCCUUCCUCCUCGGCUACGCAGAGCAAGCCUACCCCUGUUAAACCAAACUACGCUCUAAAAUUCACCCUGGCUGGCCACACAAAAGCCGUGUCCUCCGUGAAAUUCAGCCCGAAUGGAGAGUGGCUGGCAAGUUCAUCUGCUGAUAAGCUCAUUAAAAUUUGGGGAGCAUAUGACGGAAAGUUUGAGAAAACCAUAUCUGGUCACAAGCUGGGGAUAUCAGAUGUGGCCUGGUCAUCAGAUUCCAACCUCCUCGUUUCUGCUUCAGAUGAUAAAACCCUAAAGAUCUGGGAUGUGAGCUCGGGAAAGUGUCUGAAAACCCUGAAGGGGCACAGUAACUACGUCUUCUGCUGUAACUUCAAUCCCCAAUCCAACCUCAUUGUCUCGGGCUCUUUUGACGAAAGCGUGAGGAUAUGGGACGUGAAAACAGGGAAGUGCCUCAAGACUUUGCCUGCACACUCGGACCCGGUCUCAGCUGUACAUUUUAAUCGGGAUGGAUCCUUGAUAGUGUCAAGUAGCUAUGAUGGUCUCUGCCGGAUCUGGGACACUGCCUCGGGCCAGUGCUUGAAGACGCUGAUUGAUGACGACAACCCUCCUGUAUCUUUUGUGAAGUUCUCUCCAAAUGGCAAGUACAUCCUGGCCGCAACCUUGGACAACACACUGAAGCUCUGGGACUACAGCAAAGGGAAGUGCCUGAAGACAUACACCGGCCACAAGAACGAGAAAUACUGCAUUUUUGCCAAUUUCUCAGUCACUGGCGGGAAGUGGAUUGUGUCUGGUUCAGAGGACAACUUGGUAUACAUCUGGAACCUGCAGACCAAGGAGAUUGUACAGAAAUUACAGGGCCACACAGACGUCGUGAUCUCGACAGCCUGCCACCCGACAGAGAACAUCAUCGCCUCGGCCGCACUGGAGAACGACAAGACCAUCAAGCUCUGGAAGAGUGACUGCUAGGCGCUGUGGUCACCGCAGGGGGGACGGUCAAGACGGUGGCCGGGCGGCGGGAGCACAGUGUCUGGAAGGGCACCCCUCAGUCUGGGCCUGGGGGUCGGGAGAGGCCUGGAUUAAGCCGCCCCUGAGGACGAUGUGGCGGAGGGAGUGUCUACCACCAGAAAGUUCUAGAAGUUGCUGGUGAUGUUCUGGCUAUCCCUCUCACACUGUCUGGGGAAGUUUCUAGUCUGUAUUGUGUUCACACGGAGUCCACACAAAUUUUUAAUUUUUUAUUACAGAAGGGUGAAGUUCAAUUUAUCAUGAGUUGUGUUUUUUUCCCGUAAGUGUUCUGUGCCUCCUUUGGUAUCUUAGUGCCCAGUGCCAGCACCGUGAGCCGCCGCCGGGGCCGUCCCGCCUGCCCCCUCGUCUGUUCAGUAGAUGCUCUAGUGACGCCAUCUGUGGCCACUGGUUCCUGCUGUAGUUGUGCCCAGUGUGUUUCAAAGUCUUUUCUGGAAAACAGCACUGUAAGGUUAUUCUCGUGUACAAACCCUUUGUGUGUGGGAGUCAGUGGUCCUGGUGCCCACAGCCUGGCCUCAUGCUAGUAGCUCCCUGUGUCCCCCCUGCGUCCCUGACACGCACAGUCACGGGCUGUAACACGGGGCAGGGGCCUUGCCGCCACCCUGGCGGUGCUCAGCCCUCGAACAGAAAGUGUCCGAGGUGGCAGGAAGUUGAGGGUUCCCGUGGGAAGGACUUGCCUGCCCCGUCCCCCCAAUAGGUCAGGAGGUGGGAACUAAGGGAGCUGGGAGCAUUGGGAUGAGCGGGGCGGGACAGAAAGGAGCGGGCCACCCUGCCGGGGCCCAUCGAGUGCUGCAGGGGCCGCCGGGGCCGGGCUGCGUGAAGCUCAGGCUGGGCCGCAGUCCCCCUGCCCACCUGGGACCCGCAGGCUUGCCGGGAAGGCGGUGGUGCAGGGGGUGGGGGGCGUGCCAGCAGCCGGCAGGCCUGCUGUGUGAAUGGGAACCUCCGUGCCAUGGGGAGAGCGGGGUUGUGCUGGGAUGCCCAGGCCUGGGGACCCCACGCCGUGUCCACACCCCCUCCACCGGCACCUGGGGCUGAGGCGCGCGUGCCCUGCCUGCCUUGGGACUGUGGAUGGGGCUGCGUCCGCCCUGCCUUUCCCGAGGCCCCGAGUCCUUGGGGGGGUGGGGGGCUGCCUUCAGCAGGCUUCUGGGCCCCUCCAGUGGCCACAGGCAUCUGGAAACCAGCUUCUGUUUCCCCGGCCCGUCCUCUGGAGGUGGACAGCAGGGAGGCUGUCUGUGCCAUGAGGAUUCCCGGUGGUGACAGGCUGUCCGCGCUCAGGGGCUCGGGGUUGGGGAGCCCACUUUGCCGCGUAUUUUGGUAGGAAGCGCGAAGCUGUUAACAGGCCUCCCCUGGGAGCAGAUGGCUGUGGACGCGGGGCGCUGUGCCCUUGGAUAUAGUUUAUUUUUUCUACGUUUGAAUUCUCUGUUGUAGAUUUGUGUAAAAAUACAUUCUCUCUUUUAAAAAUAAA